CCAGAUGUUCCAGAGGUUGUGUAUUCACGUGAUCCAGAGGCUGCGUCCCGUUCACGCUCACCUCUACCUGCAGCCCGGCAUGGAGGACGGCUCUGACGAUAUGGACGGUCCGGUGGAGGACAUCGGGAGUCGCUCCUGCGUGACGCGCUUCGUGAAGACGCUGCUGUCCAUCAUGGAGCACGGGGUGAAGCCGCACAGCAAACACCUGACGGAGUAUUUCGCCUUCCUCUACGAGUUCGCCAAGAUGGGAGAGGAGGAGGUCGGUCUGAACACUCAGUCACUCAGUCACUAGUCUCACCUUCUGUAC